GGCAUCUGGGGCAUGCGCGGUGCGCGCUGCCCUGAGGGAUGGCGGCGGUCAUGGCUGCGGGCCUGUCCCUGGCCCGCGGCGCGCCCCGGGCGCUGCCCUGGGUCGGGCUGCGGCGGCUGCACACGGUGUACCAGAGCGUGGAGCUGCCCGAGACGCACCUGAUGCUGCGCCAGACGUGCCGCGACUUCGCCGAGAAGGAGCUGAUGCCGCUGGCGGCCCAGCUGGACAAGGAGCACCGCUUCCCCGCACAGCAGGUGAAGAAGAUGGGUGGCUUAGGGCUGCUGGCUAUGGACGUGCCAGAGGAGUACAAAGGCGCAGGCCUCGACUACCUGGCCUAUUCCAUCGCGGUGGAGGAGAUCAGCAGGGGCUGCGCGUCCACGGGCGUCAUUGUCAGCGUCAACAACUCUCUGUAUUUAGGGCCAAUACUCAAGUUUGGUUCUGAAGAACAGAAGCACAAGUGGAUCGCUCCCUUCACCAGUGGGGAUAAAAUCGGAUGUUUUGCUCUUAGUGAGCCAGGAAAUGGCAGCGACGCGGGAGCAGCAUCCACAGUGGCACGCCUGGAUGGUGACGAGUGGGUCCUGAAUGGCACCAAGGCCUGGAUCACCAACGCCUGGGACGCCUCGGCCACCGUGGUGUUUGCUACUACGGAUAAAUCCCUGAAGCACAAGGGCAUUAGCGCGUUCCUCGUUCCCAUGCCAACCCCGGGGCUGUCGCUGGGGAAGAAGGAAGACAAGCUGGGCAUCCGAGCCUCUUCCACAGCCAACCUGAUCUUUGAGGACUGUCGGAUACCCAAGGCCAACCUGCUGGGGCAGCUGGGAAUGGGCUUCAAAAUCGCCAUGCAAACUCUGGAUGCAGGAAGGAUCGGCAUCGCCUCCCAGGCGCUGGGAAUAGCGCAGGCAGCCCUGGACUGUGCUGUGGAUUAUGCUGAGAAGAGGAUGGCGUUUGGGUCGCCCAUCACCAAGCUGCAGGCCAUCCAGUUUAAGCUAGCAGAUAUGGCUGUGGCCUUGGAGGGGGCGCGCUUGCUGACCUGGAGAGCUGCGAUGCUGAAAGACAAUGGGAAGCCCUUCACGAAGGUAUUGUCACCCUUCCAUCUGUCUAGCUGUGACAGCUCUGGACACAGGCUGGAGGCAAGAAACCCGUGUGAUGUACAGCAGUGCUGCACUGAGCUCGUGCCCAGUCAGUGCUGCUGGUGUUUAACCACCGGCAGGUGGGUUAAACAUGCAACUGGGGUGUCCCUUUUUUGUGAUCGCUGCAUCCUCAGUGAUGUUUUCCUUCCCCGAAGGAAGCGGCAAUGGCUAAGCUGGCGGCAUCAGAGGCUGCAACAAACAUCGCUCAUCAGGCCAUCCAGAUCUUGGGUGGGAUGGGUUAUGUGACAGAGAUGCCAGCAGAACGUCACUACCGCGAUGCUCGUAUCACUGAGAUCUACGAGGGGACCAGCGAGAUCCAAAGACUGGUGAUAGCAGGUCAACUGCUGAAGGCUUACCGUGGCUGAAGACCCUCAGAGCACCACGCUGCCCCAAAGUGCCUCCUAGUGGUGCACAACAGCGGUCCAGUCUUGGCCCUCAUGAAGGAGGACAAUGAUGGAAGUUUUCCUCACCAGUGAUUAACUGCCCUUCGUGUUAAAAAUGUGCUGAUUCUUCUUUGGACAAAGUAUGGUGCAUGGACGGCCCUAUCUAGGUUGGUAAGCAAUGGCCUGAGUGCAGGAGGGAGGAAGCACCCUGUGUGUAGGCGAGCACAGGCCUUUUCCUAGCAGAGCGUUUUUCUGUGGUAGCACAGCGAGUGACUUUGCUGUUCAGUAAAGUCAGCUGCGAUCCUUGUGCACUUCCC